GCCUUCCUUUCUCUCGGGUUUCACUGAGCGCUCCAGGUAGCGAGCUGUACAGCGGCUUCCUCACCACCCGCCCCUCCCUCCUCCGCUUCCACCCCGCCCGGCUCUAGCCUGGUGGAGGAUGAAGUGGCGGCAGUGGCUCCAGCCCCAGCAGCGGCACCGGCGGUGGCUGCGGUGGGGGUGGCCGGAACUGGGGUGGUGAAGAAGCGGUGGCGGCGGCCGAAGGGGCGGCAGCCGCCUCCGCCUGCUUCCCCAGGGCUUCCCUUCCUCUUCGGCCCAGCUAGGAACUUUUUCCGCUCGUGUGCCAGUGUGCGCGCGCGAGUGUGGGUGUGCGAGGGGAGCUCGGGCCUGCCUGUGUGCAGGCGUUGGCUUUUUUGCCCACUCGGCUUCCCGUAACCGGCGGCUCUGGGGCCGGGGCUGCGGCCCGAGGAGGGGGCGCGGCGGCGGCGGCGGCGGCUGCGGCUGAGGCGGUGCGGCGGCGGGCGCUCCUUUUGUUGUUGUUUCCUCUGCCUGGGGAGCUGCAGGGGGCCGCGCCUGGGUGGGGCGGCUCGGAGCCCGGGCCUGCUGGCCCCCGGGGCUCCCGGGCGGGCGCGGUAGGCGGCGCGGGGCGGGUUCCAGCAUGAUGGCGGCCGAGGCCGGCGGGGAGGAGGGCGGCCCGGUGGCGGCCGCAGCGGGCAGCGGAGGCGCGGCGGGCCCGGGUGGCUUCCCGGCCGCCUGCCGGGUGAAGAUGCCCGUGUCCCUGCCCGUGGCCGCCGCCGCCGCUUAUCCCGGGCUGGCGGAGGCCGGUGUGACCGGGGCUCUGGGCUCGGGGCUCCUGGGCGCCGCGUCUGCGGCGGGGACUCUGGGGGCGUCGGGGCUGCCCGGGGCCGAAGCGGCGUUGCUUAGGGGUCCCGGGGCGCCGCCUGCUGAGCCCCUCGCCCCUGGCGCCUUUCCGCCGCUGCCACCGCCGCCGCCGCCGCCCCCACUGCCGCCGCUUCUGCCCUCGCUGGGCGCCAGCCUGGGCACUGUGGACGAGGGCGACUCCCUGGACGGACCUGAGUACGAGGAAGAAGAGGUGGCCAUCCCGCUGACCGCCCCUCCGACCAACCAGUGGUAUCACGGAAAACUUGAUAGAACCAUAGCAGAAGAACGCCUUCGGCAGGCGGGCAAGUUUGGCAGCUACCUUAUAAGAGAGAGUGACCGGAGGCCGGGCUCCUUCGUGCUUUCCUUUCUCAGCCAGACAAGUGUGGUCAGCCACUUCAGGAUUAUUGCUAUGUGCGGGGAUUACUAUAUCGGUGGAAGACGUUUUUCUUCACUGUCAGAUCUAAUAGGUUAUUACAGUCAUGUUUCUUGUUUGCUUAAAGGAGAAAAACUACUUUAUCCAGUUGCACCACCAGAGGCAAUAGAAGAUAGAAGACGUGUACGAGCUAUUCUACCUUAUACAAAAGUACCAGACACUGAUGAAAUAAGUUUCCUAAAAGGAGAUAUGUUUAUUGUCCAUAAUGAAUUAGAAGAUGGAUGGAUGUGGGUUACAAAUCUAAGGACAGAUGAACAAGGCCUUAUUGUUGAAGACCUUGUAGAAGAAGUGGGCCGGGAAGAAGAUCCACAUGAAGGCAAAAUAUGGUUCCAUGGGAAGAUUUCCAAACAAGAAGCUUAUACUUUACUAAUGACAGUUGGGCAAGUCUGCAGUUUUCUUGUGAGGCCCUCAGAUAAUACGCCUGGUGAUUAUUCACUUUAUUUUCGGACCAAUGAAAAUAUUCAACGAUUUAAAAUAUGUCCAACACCAAACAAUCAGUUUAUGAUGGGAGGCCGAUAUUAUAACAGUAUUGGGGACAUCAUAGAUCACUAUCGAAAAGAACAGAUUGUUGAAGGGUAUUAUCUUAAGGAACCUGUACCAAUGCAGGAUCAAGAACAAGUACUCAGUGAUACAGUGGAUGGCAAGGAAAUCUAUAAUACAAUUCGCCGUAAAACAAAGGAUGCCUUUUAUAAAAAUAUUGUUAAGAAAGGUUAUCUUCUGAAAAAGGGCAAAGGAAAACGUUGGAAGAAUUUGUAUUUUAUCUUAGAGGGCAGUGAUGCCCAACUUAUUUACUUUGAAAGUGAAAAACGGGCUACCAAACCAAAAGGAUUAAUAGAUCUCAGUGUAUGUUCUGUCUACGUUGUUCACGAUAGUCUUUUUGGAAGGCCAAACUGUUUUCAGAUCGUAGUUCAGCACUUCAGUGAAGAGCACUACAUCUUCUACUUCGCGGGAGAGACUCCAGAGCAGGCAGAGGAUUGGAUGAAAGGUUUGCAGGCAUUUUGUAGUUUACGGAAAAGUAGUCCAGGGACGUCUAAUAAACGCCUUCGCCAGGUCAGCAGCCUUGUUUUACAUAUUGAAGAAGCCCACAAACUCCCGGUAAAACAUUUUACCAAUCCAUAUUGUAAUAUCUACCUGAAUAGCGUCCAAGUAGCCAAAACUCAUGCAAGGGAAGGGCAAAACCCAGUAUGGUCAGAGGAGUUUGUUUUUGAUGAUCUUCCUCCUGACAUCAAUAGAUUUGAAAUCACUCUUAGUAAUAAAACAAAGAAAAGCAAAGAUCCUGAUAUCUUAUUUAUGCGCUGCCAGCUGAGCCGGUUACAGAAAGGUCAUGCCACAGAUGAAUGGUUUCUCCUCAGCUCCCACAUACCCCUGAAAGGUAUUGAGCCGGGAUCCCUGCGCGUUCGAGCACGGUAUUCUAUGGAAAAAAUCAUGCCAGAAGAAGAGUACAGUGAGUUUAAAGAGCUCGUCCUGCAGAAGGAGCUUCAUGUUGUCUAUGCAUUAUCACAUGUAUGUGGGCAAGACCGAACACUACUGGCCAGCAUCCUCCUGAGGAUUUUUCUCCAUGAAAGGCUUGAAUCAUUGUUGCUGUGUACACUAAAUGACAGAGAAAUAAGCAUGGAAGAUGAAGCCACUACCCUGUUUCGAGCCACAACGCUUGCAAGCACGCUGAUGGAACAGUACAUGAAAGCCACUGCCACCCAGUUUGUGCACCAUGCUCUGAAGGACUCCAUUUUAAAGAUAAUGGACAGCAAGCAGUCUUGUGAGUUAAGUCCAUCAAAGUUAGAAAAAAAUGAAGAUGUGAACACUAACUUGGCACACCUAUUGAACAUACUGUCAGAGCUGGUGGAGAAAAUAUUCAUGGCUUCUGAAAUCCUGCCACCGACGCUGAGGUAUAUUUAUGGGUGUUUACAGAAAUCCGUUGAACAUAAGUGGCCUACCAAUAAAACCAUGAGAACAAGAGUUGUCAGUGGUUUUGUUUUUCUUCGGCUUAUCUGUCCUGCCAUCUUGAAUCCACGGAUGUUUAAUAUCAUCUCAGAUUCCCCAUCUCCUAUUGCUGCAAGAACACUGAUAUUAGUGGCUAAGUCUGUGCAGAAUUUAGCAAAUCUUGUGGAAUUUGGAGCUAAGGAGCCUUAUAUGGAAGGUGUGAAUCCAUUCAUCAAAAGCAACAAACAUCGUAUGAUCAUGUUUUUAGAUGAACUUGGGAAUGUACCUGAACUUCCGGACACUACAGAACAUUCUAGAACUGACCUGUCUCGUGAUUUAGCAGCACUGCAUGAAAUCUGUGUGGCCCAUUCAGAUGAACUGCGAACACUCAGUAAUGAGCGCGGUGCACAGCAGCAUGUAUUGAAAAAGCUUCUGGCUAUAACAGAACUGCUUCAACAAAAACAAAACCAGUAUACAAAAACCAAUGAUGUCAGGUAGCAGCCCUCUGGGGCUCCGUGUGGAUUCAGCUUGCCCAAUAUGGUAACUGACACCAGUGUAGUAUCUCUCUGCUCUUGCCAAAAAAAUAGCACACCUUUCCACAUUCCAGUGAUGUGUGAGCUAUGCAAACCAAACUGAAGACUCUGCUGGCAACUCUCUGCCGGCGCCUCUGUGAGCUGUUUGUGCAGGAUGUUUGCACUUCUCCACAUGGACCCUUCACCGAACUGAGCCUGGGUGUACAGAUCACCUUCCACAAACGAUGCUAGGACUGCGUGUUCAACUCUGAAAGUAUAUUUUCAAUACAUCCAAUUGCCAAAGUUUUGCUGUCUCUUGGAAAAAGAACUAUGAAACCAACUGACAAAAAAAGCAUUCUGUUAACACCUAAGGAUAACCGGACUAUAGACUGCUCUUACAGUAACACCUGACUAGGGAUAUGACCAUUUGACUGUUCAAUGACUGUAUUACAGUUUCCAGGGUUUGUCAUUAUAAUAGGAACAAUCUUUGCUAUAUACUUUUUAAAAAUACUGUGCUAUUUCUCAUUCUGGAACUGUUGAAAGAAAAUAUAUAGAAUGGAUUUAUUGCUCAUCAGCUUUAUUUUUUAAACAUACCACUUAUUUUGUUGGAAUUGUCAAAGAUUGUAUUUAGAUCUCAAUGCUUUUGUUAAAUGUUUACAACAGUAAAUAGUUUGAAUUCAGUAAAUAUUAUUGGUCAUUGUACUGAUCAGUGCAUGUUACCCUUUCAACCAUUUUAUAGCUCCCAAUUUCUUUUGUGUAAAAAAACCAAACAAACAAGAAACUAGAAUGCUUUUAACUCAAAAGUUGAUUUUUGUUACCCCUUUGAUUAUGCAGACAGCCUCAUCAGCCACUAAACACAACUUACCAUCUUUGAACUUCUGACUACUUGUAUCUGCUGGGCUGGAUAUUUAGUCGGACUGUAUAGUUUUAUUUGCUUCUGUAUGUGUAUUUUUGUGCAGUAUUCACAAGGGUUAAGUUAAAAUAAAACCAAGGGAGAUCUUA